GUGUUGUGACCGAGCGAGGAAGAAGGAUGAGGAAGUUCCAGCUUCCCUUGAGAAAAGGCAACACUGUGUGGCGGCGGUGGUGGAGAUGCAAGCUCGUACUUUGAUGCACAGUACCAGCAAGGCAACUAGAUAAUAGUAAUAUUUGAAAAAAUGCCAUGGGUAACUGUUGGGCCUUCUGCGCAGGGCUCUUUAGAAGAGAGGCUAACAGGAUCCCAAGAGGAGGCGGGUCCAAAUACUUUCGCAGCAGCACCACGGGGGAGCAUUAUACAAUAGAGUUCGAAAAUCUUGUCGAAAGUGAUGAGGAGGAAAGUCCUCAACCUUGCCCAAGGCCCAUCAGUGAGGAUGAGCUUAAGAACCUCCGGGAACAUCGAUAUGCUGACAUCUCCAAUAAGCAGGUCCUGAUAGAUCAGAAGCUACAAGCGGAGUUAGAGGCACAAGAGGAGAGGUUGAGGCUAGAAGAGGAGGCUAGAAAUGCUGCCCAGCGGGAGGCCGCCAAGUUGGCGCGUGAACGAAAAGUGAAGGAGCUUUUUACGCAGAGGACGAGGGGGAGAGCAGACGGGUGCGGCAGCGAUCCUCAGUCGAGAAAACAAACCGGGGAUGGCUUUGACACCUCCCUCCAAAAUGUCAAAGCCCAGUCAGAGGCUUUCAGAAGCAAUAGACUUCCGUCCGACACGAACGCGGUAACGCCUAACACCGAGUGCAGCUGGGAUUUCACCACCAAGACCCGCUCCACCAAUGAUGACGGCACUUCACUGGAUCUCGAGUGGGAAGAUGAGGAGGGAAUCAACCGAGCGCUUCCGGCCUGGCAAAGGUCUCGGACAGAAGAGGACAUCCUGCGUGCAGCCUUGAGGCCCAGCGGCAAGCAAGCACACAGUGGCCCGACCUCAACCUCCGAGGACUCAAACGCGCUCGAGUGGGAGAAUGAUUUUGUGAGUUCCCACCUAGAGGACAAUGCGGAUCCAGAAUUUGAAGGUUUUGUCAAUCCUGUGCUGGAUACUCCCUCAGAGGACGCCUCGGACUACGGACUCGGGUUGGACGGCCAGGACAGAUAGUCUCCAGCACAAAAUUAGACUUUUGCAACCUCCUCUCACAUAUUUACAGGCUCACCAGCUUUUUUUUUUUCCCUCUCAUGAAAUAAAUGUAAUUCCUUAAGGCCUCUUUAUACUCCCGCGCUCGCGCGGCCGACAACGCCCGCAUUGCAUCACGUGACCGACGAAUUGGCCCACGCGGUCCCGCUGGGUCACUUGACGCGCACACGGCAAAAAUUGUUGCCGCCCAUAGAACGCCGUGGAGAUCAUCUCUCGUGAUUGGUCCGUUUUAGUCACAUGCUGUGAUGACGUACUCAACGUGCCCCUCGUUUCUACAUACCAUCUACGCCGCCGCCUUCUCGAUCGAUUUUGCAACAUAAUUAAACGUAUCCUUUGGUCAUCUAGGUCCAUUUGUUCGAGCAGACACUGUUCCACGGUCGCCAUUGUUGUUGCUUUGUUCCUUGUUCCGGAAAGGAAAGUAAAAACGGCUACCGGAUAUGGCCACAAAAUGCAGAAGAAACUCCACCCCGUGGCGUCCUAGCCAAUACCAGCCGUAGCGACACCCCCGACUUGGAGGUGAACUGCAGUACAUUUUCAAAACGGCGCACGUGGGUUGCGCUCGAGUAUAAAGGCAAACUGCGUGCGGGAUAGCCGCAGUGACGUCAGUGCGGUCGCCGCCCGCGAGUAUAAAGAAGCCUUGACUCUUCAUAUCGUGGAAUAUGAUGAAACUGAUGCUACCGUUGUUUUUAAACAAACAUUCCUUUUUCAGUGCCUUCUUUGCUGGUCAUAUUAGAGUAUGUUUUGUAGCUGAACAAUUGCAAUCCUUUACCAUUUGCGGAAAGGUCUUACUUUCAGUUAACACUUCACACACAAUCAAACAGAGUUGCCAAACUAUUCAAAGGAUCCUUGCAUCUGAGCUGCAAUUUAUUAUUCAUUAAAAGUCACAUCUUCUGCC